GAACGGAAAUAGAUUCCGUGUGAGAAGGACUUGAUUCAUUAUAUCGGCUCUCAUGCCAUCCAGAAGGGCACUAUGAGAGGAAUUCCCCGACCGUUUUUUGUGGCAUUUUUAGUGCUGUGUUACGCUAUUUCAGGUGGUGGUGGUGGAAAUUAUCCCCAGAAAGUGACUGGCGUUAUCAUUCGGACUGUUGAACUCGUAUUCCGGCAGAAUUUUAUACAUUUUGCUAAAGAGAUAGUCUGGAAAUUUAUUACGGAAUCUAAGACUUUCAAAAUAGCAGAGUAUAAAGACAGCAAGUUAGAGAUUGAGCAUCUCCAAUUUCAAAAUCGCCUGGAAAUAUUAAAAAAUGGAAUGGGAUUGCGUAUUAAAAAUGUGUCAUUUAAAGACAGUGGGAUGUACAUUGCCGAGAUAACUCUUGAAAACAAUACGGUACAUAAGAAGUCAUUCAACCUCAGUCUCUACGCUUCUGUUCCUGAUCCAUUUAUAAGGAUUGACUCUGGCAGGGACACAUGUAAUGUUAUUCUUACUUGCUAUGUCAAAGAAAACGCAACAUCUCUGUCUUAUUUAUGGAAAUAUAGUAUAAACGGCUCAGAAUAUCAGCCGUAUAAUAGCACUGGUGCCACAAUCCAAGUGUCUCUGCAGCAAGGAUCUUCAGACAUAGAGUUCCUGUGUACAGUAUGGAACCCUGCUGACCAGAAGAAUGUUUCUUAUACAUUAAAAUCAUGUCAACGCAAAGAAACUCAUGAGUAUUGGCUUUGGUGGUGUCUAGCCCCAACGGCGUUGGUUAUAUUCCUGAUUGGUGCAUUUACCGGUAUAUGUUGUAUAAAAGAAAAAAUCUGCGCUGUAUUUCAAACAUGUUGUAAAAAAGAACCUAGACUCAGUGUUCCAGAAACAGACAAAGACCCUGAAGAUCAUGUGCCAUUCUCUGUCUCCAAGAGUGCUGUCAGGUAUUCUGAAUACGUUGUCUCAGUCCGUGAAGAAAAAAAAGACAAAGACCCUGAAGAUCAUGUGCCAUUUUUUGUCUCCAAGAGUGCUGUCAGGUAUUCUGAAUGCGUUGUCUCAGUCCAUGAAAAAAAAAAUGUUAUUGCAUUCAUCAUGCAGAAUGACAAGAUUGAAUUAGGAGAUUCUGAACAUCCUUUCAUUUCUCCUGACCCGGAAGAUUCUGAAAAUGAAGAGGAAUGUUAGCUUUUAGAACUAUGACUGGCAGUUCUGGAUAGAUUAUAAAGGAAGAGCAACAACAUUUGUGAAAUACCUAAAGUGUUUAUUAGCAGCAAGAUUGAACAUAGAGAAUGAAACAAAAGGAGCUGUGCUUCUGACCAAUACUUUAAAUCACAUGGAUUAUCCUAAUACGUAUAUACAUUAAUAAGACAUGUAAGGUACUGUGCAAACUGGUGGCACCACACAAGCACCUGUAACAAAGAAAAAUGUGUACAUUCUAACUCGCAUAUAAUUCAUAAACAUGGUGUUUUCACUGGCAUCUGCAAGUGGAACUGGCCGCUCAGCCAGGGAUCUCUCCGCUGUUGCCCGCUGAGCAGGCUAAAAGGACCAGGGGGGCAAUUUUGGUCAUUUUGAACGAUUUUCGGGCAAAAAGAGUCGCGGGUACGAAUUUGGUUAUUUUGGACUAUUUUUUGUGCUAAAAGGGCGGGAGGUGUGAUUUUGGACCAUUUUUGGAACAUUUAAGGGUUAAAAGAGCCGGGGGUGCGAUAUUGGACUAUUUUUGGGCUAUAAGGGCCGGGGAUGCGAUAUUGGACUAUUUUUGGGCUAUAAGGGCCGGGGAUGCGAUUUUGGUCAUUUUGGAACAUUUUCAGGCUAAAAGGGCCGGCAGUGCGUUUUUGGUAAUUUUUAAAGAAAACUAGCAUUGGGACUUUAAAUGAGGCAUAUGAAAAACGUACGCCUCCAUCCCUGUUGGAUACAAAAAAGAGGGGAGA